UCUUCAGUUUCUUGGCAAUUUCUCGCAUGGAAUAGCCUUCAUUUCUCAGAACAGGAAUAGAUUAACGACAUCAAGGAGAAAGGUCUUUAUUCGUGGCCAUUUUGAACCUAUAAUCGAACCCACAAAUGCUGAUUCUCUAGAUACUCAACUAGUCUAAAGAAGGCCAGUUUUAUUGCUUCUUUUAAUCAGAACAGUUUCAUCUGUGCUUACAUAAUUGCAAAAUGGUUUUCUACUGAUCAAUUAUCCUUUGAAAAUGAUAAACUUUUGACAGCACUACCCCUUUAAUAUGAAUGCCUUUUAGUUAGUUUAGUGGAAAAGAAUAUCAGCAUAAAAAGGUUUCCUCCUCAGUCAACUUAUCUGUUGUCCAUCUAAUCUCUAUCUGUGUUGCCAGUGUGAGAUGGCAAAGUUUGGUCAACUGUGUAGCAGAAAUUCCUGUAACAGGAGGAGGAAGGGACAACGACAGUAUGGAGCAAGCAGAACAGACCAUGUGCAUGAGGGCAUUGACAUUGUGUGUAACGACGGGGCCACAGUGUACGCUCCAUUUCACGUGAAACUCAGCGGCAAAGUGACAGUGUACACAGACCCGAAGAAGGCAGCCAUCAACGAUGGGAUCAACCUCAGUGGGGAGGGUCUGUGCUUUAAGCUGUUCUACGUGAAGCCUGACAGUUACUCCGGGGUGGUGAAGAAGGGCCAGAGGAUUGGGACCCUGCUCCCCAUGCAGAGUGUCUACCCAGGGAUCACUUCUCACGUCCACGUCCAGAUGUGUGACAAGUCCGACCCCACCAAGUACUUCUGAUUGAUUGGUUAAAUAAAUCAUCUAAAUGAUCACAAUGAUAGGCCUUACUGUGUGAAAACAUUACUUCAUCCUUUUUUAUUAUUGUAAUACAUAAAUGUUGUAAACUUCUGAAAUGACAUUUUACAUUCAUUCUGUAUUGGAGUAUAAACAUAGCUUAAAGGGAUAGUCCACCCGUCAUGAAUUGAUCAUAUUCUGACCUCUUACCUUUAUGAUACUCCCACAACAAACAACAUGUUGAAGUUUCAAAGAGCUCAACAUGACAUUUAUCAUUGAUAUGGGUUACUGGUUAUACACUCCUAUUCACUUCCUUGUUUAUCUACAUUAAACACAUAUCAGAUGUCUUGUGAUUGAUACAAGGAUAUCAAGAAGCAAACCCAUUAUGCUGCUGUUAUUGUUUUAUGGGAAGUACUGGAGGCACGUGAGAGAUUAUAAAGCUGUCUACAAGA